AAAACUCAACGUAACCUCAUUUUUUGUAAUAUUCAGCAAUUACCUAAAGUUUAUAGUUUUCCUUUCGAUUUGUGGAGUACAAUAAACAAUUUUCAGUAAAAAUGAUUAAGAAAAAGGUGCCCAAUUGCAAACUCUAUAAAAUGCUUAUGGAAUGUAGAAAACCAGCAGAAAAUGCUAUUUAUAUGCAGAAUCGCAAUCCACGUAAUUUAGAAAUGAUGAAAAUUGCCCAACGCCCAGACGGUUAUUUGUUGGAUAUGCCUGGAAGAUGCUUUUGGAAUAAAUUAGUUCUGGAGAAGACAACAAAAGGUUUGACGGCGAGUGUUCAGCAUUACACAGGUAGAACCGUACUUGAAUCCAGUACAGAAGAGUGGUCAUUGUCAAAACAUCUCUAUCGUCCAUACGAUAUGGCAGCGUAUGUCAAUUUUGGUCGUAUAUUUGCCCGACGUUGUCUUGAGGCUGGUAUUAUUGAAGUAGCAAACUACAAUGAAGCUCCCGAAGGCAGUAAAUUGGGUCGAUUUAUUAAAGAGCUGGAAAAUAAUGGUCUCAAGUUGAGCGAAUCACCGCAGUAUAAGAAACAUUAUGCUGCAUACACCUUCCGUAUGGACAAGCCAUGGAUGAUACAAAAUGAAUAAAUGGAAUUUAAUUUGAGUAAAUUAUAGUUUUUAUAAAGACAUCAAUAAAAAUUGAAAAUACAUGUUUUAUUGGUA